AUGACAGAGGGACCCAAGAAAGCCAGCAAAAAGUUCAAGUUCUUCAAGUUCAAGGGCUUUGGGAGUCUCUCCAACCUCCCUCGGUCCUUGACUCUGAGACGGUCCUCAGCCCCUCUCAGGAACCCAUCCCAUCUGGAGCCUGAUACCUUUGAGGCCACGCAGGAUGACAUGGUGACAGUCCCCAAGAGCCCCCCGCCCUAUGCCCGCUCCAGUGACAUGUACAGCCACAUGGGUACCAUGCCUCGCCCCAACACCAAGAAGGCUCGGGACCAGAAGGCUGCCCAGGAGGCCCAGGAGGUGGGCCCUGAGCCCCGCCUGGUGUCCCGAGAUCUGCUGGAUCCCCCAGGCUUGGAGGCAGCUAAGGAGGUGGUGGUGGGGACCAAUGCUGCCCUAGAGGAUGCCCUAGAGGGCACCCCAGAAAUGGGAUCCAAUCCUUCAGGAGAGGGCUCCACAAGGAAGCCUGAGGACCCCAGGGCCAAUACAGAAGAGGACAGAACCCCCAGGAAUGUGCCACCAGAAAGGGCUGCUGGAGAGCCAGAGGCUGGUGGGGAUUACGUGAAGUUCUCCAAGGAGAAGUAUAUACUGGAUUCAUCGCCUGAGAAACUGCACAAGGAGUUGGAGGAGGAACUCAAACUCAGCAGCACAGAUCUCCGCAGCCACGCCUGGUACCAUGGCCGCAUCCCCCGUGAGGUAUCAGAGACCCUGGUGCAGCGCAAUGGUGACUUCCUCAUCCGGGACUCACUCACCAGCCUGGGUGACUACGUGCUCACGUGCCGCUGGCGCAACCAGGCCUUGCACUUCAAGAUCAACAAAGUGGUGGUGAAGGCAGGCGAGAGCUACACCCACAUCCAGUACCUGUUUGAGCAGGAGAGCUUCGACCACGUGCCUGCCCUUGUGCGGUACCAUGUGGGCAGCCGCAAGGCAGUGUCAGAGCAGAGCGGCGCCAUCAUCUACUGUCCGGUCAACCGCACCUUCCCACUGCGCUACCUGGAGGCCUGCUACGGCCUGGGCCAAGGCAGUGGUAAGGCUGCCAGCCCGGCCAGCCCCUCAGGCCCCAAAGGCAGCCAUAUAAAGCGGCGCAGUGUCACCAUGACCGAUGGGCUCACCGCAGACAAGGUCACCCGCAGUGAUGGCUGCUCCACCAGCACAUCAAUGCCCCACCCUCGGGAAUCUAUCCGCAACUGUGCCCUCAGCAUGGACCAGAUCCCGGACCUGCACUCGCCUAUGUCCUCCAUCUCCGAGAGCCCCAGCUCCCCCGCCUACAGUACUGUGACCCGUGUCCACGCCACCCCUGCAGCCCCCUCAGCCACAGCACUACCUGCCUCCCCUGUCACUCGCCGCUCCAGUGAACCCCAGCUGUGUCCUGGAAGUGCCCCAAAGCCCCCUGGGGAGUUGGAAAAGGGCCCUUACGCCAGCCCCUCCCACACUCUCUGCAAGGCCUCCCCGUCACCAUCACUCAGCAGCUACAGUGACCCUGACUCUGGCCAUUACUGCCAGCUCCAGCCUCCCGUCCGUGGUCCCCACGAGUGGGCAGUGGCUGAGGCUUCCAGUCGGCAGGCCAAGAGUUAUGGGGAGAGGUUAAAGGAACUGUCAGAAAAUGGGGCCCCUGAGGGGGACUGGGGCAGGGCCUUCACAGUCCCCCUCGUGGAAGCCACCUCUUCCUUCAAUCCAGCCACCUUCCAGUCACUACUGAUCCCCAAGGAUAACCGGCCUCUGGAGGUGGGCCUCCUACGAAGGGUCAAGGAACUGCUGGCAGAGGUGGAUGCCCGGACACUGGCCCGGCACGUCACCAAGGUUGACUGCCUGGUUGCUAGGAUACUGGGCGUUACCAAGGAGAUGCAGACCCUAAUGGGAGUCCGCUGGGGCAUGGAGCUGCUCACCCUCCCCCAUGGCCGGCAGCUACGACUAGACCUGCUGGAAAGGUUCCACACCAUGUCCAUCAUGCUGGCCGUGGACAUCCUGGGCUGCACGGGCUCUGCUGAGGAGCGGGCAGCGCUUCUGCACAAAACCAUCCAGCUGGCGGCGGAGCUUCGGGGGACCAUGGGCAACAUGUUCAGCUUCGCUGCCGUCAUGGGCGCCCUGGAUAUGGCCCAGAUUGUCCGACUGGAGCAGACAUGGGUGACCCUGCGGCAGCGACACACGGAGGGUGCCAUUCUCUAUGAGAAGAAGCUCAAGCCAUUUCUUAAGAGUCUCAACGAGGGCAAAGAAGGCCCACCGCUGAGCAACACCACGUUUCCUCACGUGCUGCCGCUCAUCACUCUGCUGGAGUGUGACUCAGCCCCCGCUGAGGGCCCUGAGCCCUGGGGAAGCACGGAGCACGGUGUGGAGGUGGUGCUGGCCCACCUGGAGGCUGCCCGCACGGUGGCACACCAUGGAGGCCUAUAUCACACCAAUGCUGAGGUCAAGCUGCAGGGUUUCCAGGCCCGGCCAGAGCUCCUGGAGGUAUUCAGCACUGAGUUCCAGAUGCGUCUUCUCUGGGGCAGCCAGGGUUCCAGCAGCAGCCAGGCCCGGCGCUAUGAGAAGUUCGACAAAGUCCUUACCGCCCUGUCCCACAAACUAGAACCUGCUGUCCGCUCCAGUGAGCUGUAACCUCCAUCAGCCUUUUCCCCUUGGCAGCUGCGGGCAGCAACAAGGACAGAGGGGCACUGACCUUUCCCCAGAGCACCCCAGGGACACUGUGAUCAGCCCAAGAAUGUUCUGGGUUCAACUCCAGGACCUCCCUUGCACCUUCAGGGUCCUGCGUGGACUCUGGGCUCCAUCCCACCUGCUACAUGCCCAUCACGUCUCCCUUCAGGAAGAACUGGAUCCCUUGUUCCUCCUUCCAGCUUCUGCUUCUCUCCUUCCUGCUGAGGUGCCCUGCAUUUGAGCCACGGGAGGCUCCUCAUGCCUCCUCACUCUUCUCCAGGCAUUUGCCUUCCACCAACACCAAGGCCUCUAUGUGGCUGUAAAUAUGUCUGUCUGUUCUGUAAAUAGAUGUACAGAAGCUAUGUUCUUUCUUUCAUAUAAUAAACUUUUAUGACUCUUU